AUGCUGAUUGAAUAUCCCCAAAUUCCUUUCUAUUCUCGAUUCACGCAGACUACUAAUCCUAAUAUUAAUACUAAUAAUACCGGUUUCAACCACGUUUCAGGCCAAAAUGCUUUCGAUUUUCACGGACUUGCUCGAUCAGCUGAUGUUACUGAGACAUAUUUAGAUGGAAGUCCUUCUAUUAGCAUACAUGACUUGUGGUUUGCUAUAGGAACAUAUAAACCUUAUCUUAUGAAUUAUAUACCAGGUCCAUUUAGCUAUAAUAACACCAUAAAUCAAGUUAAAUGGGUUGAUCUUUGGAUUCGAAUUGAAAAUAUUUCAUUAUUGAUUAACAUGAAAUCAUUGAUCAAAUGUCACACAGUUCGAUGCAAACCAGUUAGCUUUAGCUAUCAUUUAUUAUAUUGUUUUAUUCUUAUCUAA